CAUAACUGCAUUACGUGUACGAGUACACGCGCGUGUGUGAUAUUCAUAUGCGCUUGCCUGAUCGAGUUUCAAUGCAAUAAUGCCAUGGCAUGGGAUCCGGAUCGGGACGCUGUUGUGAGAAUGAUGACCGACCAAGCAAGGCCCUGGGGUUUUGAUUAGCAUGCUUCGAGCCUCAAGAGAUUAGUAGGAGACGUCGCCAAUCCAAGAGACAGAGGGCCUGUCAAGAUUUAACGUUAUUUACUAUCUUAGUAUCUUUAAUCUAGCUCCAGUCGGUUAACGAGUCGUUACCGAUCGAACGAGAAAGAAGUCGAACUGGCGAAUUGCAUUGCCACUGGCACUGGCACUGGUGCUGCAGAUGAGCCUCAUCUCACUUCUUCUCAUGCAUUUUUUGUGAUCAGUGACCAGUCAUCAUGUUCAACAACUGGGAAAGGCCUCGGGGACCCGGCUUUGGUGGGCCCGGUGGCGGUGGCCCCGGCGGGCAUGGGCAUGGUGGGCGCGGGCCAGGCCCAGGGAAUAUGCGAAUGCAACGGAUGCCGAACCGCCCUCCAUUUCAUGGUGGACCAAGAUCAGGACCCGGACCAAUGUUUAUGCGAGGACCGUCUGGGAAUGGGCCAGCGCCAGGCCCACAUCCUAUGAGAAUGCGAAUGGACAACAUGGGACCUCAAGGACAAGGACCCAUGCCGGGCCCUGGGCCAGGACCAGGGAAUUGGCACGGCCACGGACCACCAGGACCAGAACCUGGCAUGCGCAUGAGGAUGAUGGGACCAGGACCAAGGCCACCUGGACCAAGAGGACCGCCAAUGAUGUCUGGCCCACAUCAUGGUCAAGGGCAAGGUCCACAGGGGCCUACAAUUCCAGGACCAAGUCCAACAAGGCCAACACAUAUGUUGCCCGAGCCUGUUCAGGUGUUGGUCAAGCAAGCUGAAGCUGCUGAAGCUGUAGUUGGUAUGCCGCAGACAUCAGAGAAUGAAGAGGUGAAGCUGAGAGGUCUUCAGGAUCAGGCAUUACAGUGGCAAGCAACGGCUCCCAUAAGAAAACAGGUGGAAAAUGUACAGCAACAGGCAGUUGCUCAAGACCAGUGGCAGAAUUACCAGAAACAGAUGCAAGCAUAUCAACAACAAUACCAAACGUGGUACCAAAGUCAAGAAGCUGCCUUGGCAGAUGUUAAAUUGGAAACCUUACAAGAAAAGAAGGCUACAUGCGUAAAACAGCUCACAGACUGGAAAACUCAGUUCGAUCAGUGGGUUGAACAGCACAAGAAACAUCCAAACAAGGACCAGUUUGAUCAAUAUCAAAAUCAAUGGAAAACAUGGCAGACGCAGAUGGAGGGUAUGGUGAAUUCCUUGGAUAUGCAGAUUAAAAUAAAAGAGGCAUCACUUCAAAAAACUUCUCAAGCACCUGUUUCUGUGAGUGGUGGUGUAGGACCAGUUACCACACAGAAUGCAAAUGUGGCAUUACCAACAAGCGGACACGGAAUGGUUCCAUCUAGUGGUCCUGGAAUGGGACAAAUACUGCCAACCAGUGCUGUUCCAAGCAGUGAGGCUGUAGUCAAAGUCCCAAGUAGUUCUGGGACUGGAACAGGUCCAGGUAUUGGAGUGGGACCGAAGCCAACUGAGAGUGGAAUGGGAACAGGGCCUGGAAUAAGUCAUGGAACAACUCCUGCAUUGCCUAAAACACUUGAUCAAGGAUCAAGAAUGGAAAGUGGAAACAAGUCCAAUUCUGGACCAGGUCUCCCAGGCCCAAAAAGUAAGGUACCUGGCAAAGACAGUUUUCCGUUUCCAUUUCCUGAUGAUCUUCCAUUUCCAGGAGAUAUUGAUAAUUUCCCCUUUCCUGAUAUGAAAAAAUUAGAUGCAAUGUUUUCAGGUGCUAUGAAAUCAGAUGAAUUUCCAUUUCCUUUCCCUGAUUUUCCGAUGCCAGGCGGCAUGAUGGGGCCAGACUUUUCAUUACCUGAAGGACUGAAGCCAGAUGACAUGAAGAAAGAUAUGGAAGAAUUCAUGAAGCAAAUGGAAUCAGAACUAGGUCGUGUCGCAUCUUCAAACUUUCCAUCUUCCCAGAGGGGAAGCAACAUCCUUGAUAAGGAAAAUCAACGAGGUUUGGAUGCUGGGAGGGUGAGAGAAGAGAGACACAUGAUGGGUACAGGGGGUGGAGUGUCAGUACAACGAAUGGAAAGAGGUCCACAACCAGCAGUUGAUUCUAGAAUGGAGAUGGGAAUGGAUCAAGGUCCAAAAGGUAUGAUGAGACAUUCCCAAGAUAGAGAGCCGUCAGUAAUGGACAGAGGCCCAAGAGAAAUGGAUGCCGGCCCUCAUGGAAGGCAUAGGAUCUCACCAGGAAUAGAUAGAAGACAACCAGGAAUGGAUAGAGCUCCUCUUGAAAUGGAUAGAGGUUCUUAUAUAAUGGACAGAGGUCCUUCUGGAAUGGAUAGGGGCCUCCCUGGAAUGGACAGAGGUCCUUCUAGAAUGGAUAGGAACCUUCCUGGAAUGGAUAGAGGUUCUUCUGGCAUGGAUAGAAGUCCUAUGGGCAUGGAUAGAGGACAUCCAGGCAUGGAUAGAGGACAUCCAGGCAUGGAUAGAGGGCAACCAGGCAUGGAUAGAUCGCACUCAGGCAUGGAUAACAGACAACUAGGAAUUGACAGAGGUCAUGUGGGAAUGGAUAGAGGCCAACCAGGCAUUGAUAGAGGCCAUCCUGGAAUGGAUAGAGGUACUCCUGGAAUGGAUAGAGGCUCUUCAGGAAUGGAUAGAGGCACUCCUAGAAUGAAUAGAGAAUACCCUACUGCAAUGGAUAGAGGCUAUCCUGGUGUUGAUAGAGGACCUACUGGAAUCAAUAGAGGACAACCAGGCAUGGAAAAAGGCCCUCUUGGAAUGGAAAAAGGACAACCAGGAAAUUACAGAGGUCUUCCUGACAUGGAUAGACGUCAAUCAGAAAUGAAUAGCGGCCCACCAGGUAUAGAAAAAGACCAGUCAGGAAAAGGUAGAAGUCAACAAGGAAAGGAUAAGCCAGGGAUGAUGGCUAGAGACUCAAGCUCAUCCCGUAAGAACAGUGAUCAAGGAAAGAUUGACAGUGGGCCACCAAGACAAGGUAGUGAUGCGCCAGUAUCUGAUAGAAGUAAACUGGGUGUAGCGAGCCUUCUCGCCGGAUUGAAAGGAGAUUCAUCCAGCAUGGACAGUCACCAAUCAAGAAUUGAUAGUGGCCCACCUGGUAUGGAUAGUGGCCCGCCAGGAAUAGAGAAUGAAACAGCAGGUCCCAAUAAACGGCAACUAGGUGUAGGGGACAUACUUGCUGGACUAAAGUCUGGUCCACCUGGAAUGGAUGCUGGACCUCCUGGAAUAGAUGCGGGUCCACCUGGUGUAGAUGCGGGUCCACCUGGUGUAGAUGCAGGUCCACCUGGUGUAGAUAUGGGACCUAGUGUUGUGGAAAAGGGAGCUCCAGGAGUAGACAUAGCACCUCCAGUUAUAGUUCCUCCAGGUGUUGGCAGAGGACUGCCAGGAAGUGACAUGAGACCUCCAGGAGUAGAAAACACAUAUCCAAUGAGGGGAUCAUUGCCCAUAAGUUUGACCAGGGGGCCACCUGGUCCUCCUGGUCCUAUUGGUUUUCCUGGUCUUCGUCCUCCUGGAGUUGAUGUAGGACCACCUGGUGUAGAUUUUGAUGCAAAUAGUAUGUAUAACCAACCUCUGGGAAUUAGGAAACCUCCCCCACCGUUCGAACAAAGGCCAGUAGAAGUUGGUCCACCAGGAGAUACCUUUCCAACAGGACUUCCUCCGAACCCUCCUGGUUCAGAAAUAGUUCCACCAGGAUUUGAAGAGCCAGUGCCUCCAGGAAUGGAGCCAAUAAGUAAACCAAUGUCUUCUUUCAAAGAUCCUGCACCUCCUGGAAUGGAGGAGACAUAUCCACCAGGGAUGGAACCAGAACCUGAAACUCAGCCAAGCACUGAAAGUAAAGAGCAGCAACCACCUGUAGACAACCAAAGUGAAUUUGAAAAGCGUCAAAACCAGCCUCUUUUCCCCCCACCAUCAAAGGGUUUGACUCGGCAUUCAUAUCAAAUUGGACAAGCUAUACCAAUUACAGGUAUGGUGAAAGAUGCUGGUGGUGCAAGUACUUUUGUAUCGGCUAAACAGACAUUAACUCCCAGCCCACUUGCUGGAUAUGACUCGUUAGAAUCUGUCAAGGCAAAGAAGGAAGACAAGAAGAAAGAAGAAUCAAAGUCAGAGGAGAAGAAGAAAGGAAAGGGGAAAAAGGGUAACAUGAAUAUGCCUGCAUCCAUCAAAUUCAACAGUGCAAAAGUUGAUGAAUCAAUAAAAAAAGAACCUAACAAAGUGGAAAAGGAAGAGUCAAAGUCAACUGAAAAGGGGGCAAGGGGGGAUGCAAAAGAGUCUAAAGAGAGUUCACCUCCACAGGAUAUUUCACAAAGGGCAGUUGUCAGAAGCACCCUACCAUUACUGACAGACUCUGAAACAAAGAUGGUCACACCUUCAUCUAUUGGUGAGCUAUUCAAAAAGAACUCUUCCACACCUUCAUCAUUCAGUAAAGACGGAAAGAGCUCACUAAGGAGUUACAGGAGAGCAGCAGAAGAAGAUGAGGAGGAAGACGCUCCUAAAUCUAAGAAGGAAAGUAAGAAAGAUGCAAGCAGAAAAGAUGAUAGGGGACGGGAUGAAUCACUCCGCAACAAGGCCCAAUCGCCCCCACGGUCAUAUCGGUCACCAGAUCGUAGAUCCAAGAAAUCUCCAGAGAGAAAAAGAUCUCAUUCACCAGAUAGAAGGAAGCGCCGGUCUCGCUCUAGAUCACGCUCACCAGAUCGUAGAAAAAGAAGGCGGGACUCUCCGUCUCGCAGGAGAACUUCGUAUUCACCGCCCAAAAGAAGUAAGAAUUCGCGCUCCCCUAGCAGAGAUAAAGGCAAUAGGUCUCCAGAUCGUAGAGAUCGUAGAGACCAGAGAGACCAAAGAGAUCGGAAAGAUGACCGAUAUCGAGAAAGGGAUAGGAAAGACAGGUAUCCAGACAAAGACUAUAAGGAAUCUGAUAGGAGAGGUGGUAAGCCAAGUACAGAGGCAUUUGACAAGCUUCGAGAGCUGCUCUAUGAUACUUUGGUGCGUCAGCCUGAUGACAAGCCAAGAGACUCUCCACAUGGCGAUAGGCGGCACCUUGACAAUAGAGACCGAAUGGAGCGAUCCAAGUCACCCUACAGCAUGGAAAGGCCUCGAUCUCCUCUUCGUUCCCGAAGAGAGAACUACUACCCAGAAGCCGAGAGACCAAGAAUGAGGUACCCUCCCCCAAGAAGGGACUAUGAAAGAGAUCCCUUAAGGGAUCAAUUAAGAAGCCUUCCAAGGGAGCCACCUAGGGACCUGCCAGUGCCAGCUCAAAGGGAACCUCCUCGGGACUUUGCCAGAGACUCUUCUCAAGACAGACCUGUUGAGAGGGCUCGUUCUCCACCGGUGUCAGAUAUGUCCGCACCUAUUGUCUUUGACUAUGAGCAUUCUGAGAAUGCCAGGCCAGCUUAUGACAUAGAGACGAGAGAGCCAAUAGGAAGUCUACUGAGCAGUGCAGUUGUUGUAGAUGUGGUUGAUUACAGUCAUGGUCAGAUGACGGUUCCAAAGGCUAAAGUCAUUACUGGAUCAGAACUUCUUCGAGAACGGGAGUCUACAUUUCCUUCAGAGUUUCAAACAUCUAACGAGAAUAUUCAUGGCGAUAGAGAUGAUGUGAAUAUACUACAAGCGCCACCUCAACCACAACGUGAACAACAUCGUGAACCACAACGUGAACAACAUCGUGAACAACAGCGUGAACCUUCACCGCAACCCCCACCUCAGCCACCGCCUCAACCUUCACCACCAAAGCAGCCGAUGCUUCCCCAGCAAACUCAGCAACAAGAAAUGCCAUACACAGAACAGACAUACACAGAACAGCAUGAGCAGUUCUCUCAACACUACCACUCUGGGGAUCAAACACAGUUUGAUCCUUACAGCAUGCAACAACAGAUGGGUUAUUACCAGCAACAGGACAUGAAUAUGGCAUUCCAGCAACAACAAGCAUUCCAGCAAAUGGGCCAGCUUCAGCCGCAAGAUCAAUACAGCACCCAGCAACAGCAGCAACACUAUGCAGAACAGUUUCAGGAGGAGCCGCAGCCACCACCACCUCCACCGCCCGAAGAAUCUCGGUCGGGUGUCUACCGCAACUCUCCACCGCCCCCACCACCACCACCUCCUGCUCCAUCAAAGGAGGAUUCCUUCAAGCAGUCCUGGGCAGCCACGCCUCCCCCACCCCCAUCUGAUUCCUACAGCAACACCAGACAAGCGGGAAGUCAGGACCUUCAGAGAUCCAGGGAUAGGGAUGACAGACACCGUGGUAGGGGUGACAAAUACCAGACUGGUCCUUCCAGAUUGGUGGAGGAUUACAGGGACUCUCCGGGACAAAAGGACAUGUUCACCAACUCACCCCAGCAAACCCCGCCUCCUGCCAAACCCAAGAAGAGAGAAGUAGUGGCUGUUACAGACCUCCUAGAUCAGCCCAACAGGGAGAAACGUCCGGCCAAGAUAUGUGUGAUCCUUCGUGGUCCUCCGGGAAGUGGCAAAAGUUACAUUGCAAAACUCAUCAAGGACAGAGAAAUCCACAACCGGGGUCCUAGUCCUCGCAUGCUGUGUCUUGAUGACUAUUUCAUGAGUGAGAAGGAGAAGACGGAAAAGGAUCCUGAAACUGGCAAGAUGGUGAAGAAACGGUUUCAGGAAUAUGAGUAUGAAGACAGCAUGGAAGGCAUUUACCAGAAUAGCUUACUUAAGACGUUCAAGAAGACCAUUGAAGACGGAUUCUUUGACUUCAUCAUCGUGGAUGCCGUCAAUGACAAAAUCUCAAAGAUUGAACCAUUCUGGAGCUAUGCAAAGACGAAGGGAUUUGAGGUGUAUGUGGCUGAAUUACUUGUUGAGUUAGGCCUGUGCAUACAGCGAGAUAUCCACAAUAGAGGUGAAGCAUCAAUCAGGAGGAUCAUAGAGCACUGGGAGUUUGCCCCAAGGAAAUACAUCAAGUUAGAUGUUGUUGCCCUGUUGCAAGAUGCUGCCAUUCCAGAGGUUGAGAUGGAAGAGGAGGAGGAGGAGCAGGAAACCGGGCUUUCCAUGGAGGAACUGAUGAAUCAACAGCAUGAAGCGAUGGAAGAAUUCGAGGACCAGGAAGAGGCCCUGGCUUUGACUAAGAGUAAAUGGGAUUCUGCCACAGAAGAGAAACUAGAUGCCCUUGAUGGUAUCAAGAAGUAUAAGAAGAAGGACAGUUACCAGUCUAUGGAGGACUACCUGUCGGGAGGAGACGAGUUUGACACCGUCUCCAGGCCGACACUCCCAGGACAGAAGAGAGUACGUUGGGCCGACAUUGAGGAACGCCGUGAUCAGGAACGUAUGCGUGCUCUAGGUUUCGUUAUCGGGCAGACGGCCACCGAUUGGGCCAAGAUCACCGACGACAGUUACGCAGACAAGGCUCUCAACCGCACCAAGUACAUCUAACACGAAAAAAAUGUAAAGUAAUUUCUAUCGAACAGGCCGUCCUACCCAAUGUCAAUGGAAAAUCUCAUCGAUCUGAAAAGAGGAGUUCUGCCAAGGAUACAUCUGUAAAUAGCUUCUAGCACCGUUUUUAAUUUGGUUCAUAAUUUUGAGAAAACCCUCUUAACCCUGCUCAAGUGGUAAUGACUGUAUCUGAUUAUCAAAGCAGCCUGGUACUGCGUCCCAGAGCCCUUGACAUCUAGAAGACCCCUGAUACUGCCGCUUCGACCCCUACCAGCAAGAUAGGUCUUUGUCUUCGAGUGGGUAUCCUCUACCGACGUACUGGUGUCAGCAGAACACUCACCUAGAGGUCAGGGAAUGCAGCUAUUAGUGACUGACAUAACCUGCUCGAUUCAGGGGAUCCCUAUUUCAUAAAGAGUUACAACUAUUGUACCUUUGCUAUUAUUGCAACUACCAUGGUAACAGGGCUCAUCGGCCAAUCACAAUCAAGCAUUCCAAGGAAAUUUCAAUAAUUGGAAAUUUACGAUAGUUGUAUCACUUUAUGAACCGGGCCAUAGCAAUGAAUUUGCUUGGAUACAGUUAGUGAUAGGGUAUGUUCUCAACUGUGGACUUGUCUCUAAUUCUCCAAAGAACUCCCAGAAUUCAAAGUAAAGGCUUGUUCAUAUAUGGCGGGAUAAUAGAUUAAAGGUUUGGAAUGCACUAUGCAAUAGCCAGACCUAGAAAAAGAUGAAAUGUAGAAAGGGUUAAGUCACAACAGUGUAAGUUGAAAUUGAUUGACUGCAUAAUUUUCAAAUCAGGCUAAACAAUAGAUAACAGUUGCUUCAAGGUUGUUGUUUUUUUGCACAUGAUACCUCUCAUUGCAGAUUCCAUUCUGUAAUGUAGAAACAACAUCUUAAUCCAUGCUUGGUUCAUUGCCUUCACUAUGGGUUUGUUUGGCUGCAUCAGUCCCCCCCCCCCACCCCCUUCAACAAUAUGCAUGUACAUGAAGUAAUUGUAAUUGAAUUACCGGUAGAAGAAUGUAUCAAAUUGUGACUUUUUUGGUCACAGAUAUCGCAAAAAUAUAGACAGCCAUGAAACUUGGGUCUUACAAAAAUCUUGCAGGACCUCUGCAUAAAACCCUUAUUGUAAAACAUGCUAUGAUUCGACGACAAAAUUUUUUUCUUAACAUUGAUGAUAAGCUUUAUUUAUGAAAAAGGAAUCUGGCCUUGGAUUUCAGUAGCUUUUAACAGCAGCUUGUAACUUAAAAUCAAUAACAAGCUUUAUUUAUGAAAAAGGACUCCGGUCAAGGAGCAGUUACAUGAAUUAGCAAUUAUUUGUUUUAAGCUACUGAAAUCAUUUGUUUGGUUGGCUGAUAGUAAACUUGUUAUAGACAUUGCACAUUUGUUUUUUUUUAUAACAACCCUUUGUGAAAUGGGACCCCUCCUAUCAUUAGUGUGGUCAUAUGUGAACAAGCCUUUCAAGGAGUUAGUAAUCAGGGCCCCGUUUUCACAAAAAUUUACUGUUGAUCCGAUCGACCUCAACAGUAUGGAAAUCUUCUAACAUCAUAGUUUUUUUUGGGGGGGUUGGCAGAAAAUGUGCACAAUGUCCUUUGUUAACAAGGAAAAGGACGCUGAAUUUUUUGAAUGUAUGAAUGUACAUCGUAUCUAGAAAAUAGUUUGAACAAUAGAUAUGUUUACAUUGCCGACUUUCCAUAUUUGUGGUCGAUCGGAUCAGUCUCCACUCUUCGUAAGAAAGGGCCCAGAUGGUGUAUAAAUGAUGCAGUGAUUAGUUGAAAACAAAUACCCUGUGAAGAUGGCAGUGUAGCAUUGUCAGAGUACGAUCACACAUUGUAUACCAAUUUGAAUCCAUUUUGCGUAUUGGUCUUGAGAGAAAAUACAAAAUUUGCAAGUGGUUUUUGGCAUAGCAAUCAACUGUGUAUAAAGUGUGUCCUAGAAACAAAGCUGAGAAUAACAGGUUUUAUCUAACUGAUCUAAAAAGGAUUCAUAAAUGACACAUCUCGGUAGAGAUUAAGCCUCCUUAUUUUAUUUGAUACAAGUUCCAGUUUGUAUACUCCAAGCAUUUCUAAAAAAAAAUGGAAAGAGCAUACCAGAUUCACUUUGGUGGAUAGUAUCUGAAUGUAAAGGAAAAAGAUCCUAUAUCUAGAUACUUUCCUGUCACAAUUUAAUUUUAGAAAGAUAAGCGAGUUUUGUUUGUUUGGAGUCAAACUUGAAUUUUUGUAAUUUUAUAUAACAAAACCUUUUUCAGUAGAUAUCUGCAGAAGCAACCAACAUAUCUGUCAGAUUGAAUGUUUGGAACCAAGCCGAAUGGUGAGGGAAACUCAAACUCUGCCAUUACAGCAGUGAAAAACAUCUUCAUUUCAUAAAAUUAUUGCAAUUUAAGCGUGAAUGUAAUCAAAUAGUGCUUUAUCACUCAGCUGUCGUUUUUUCCUUGAUUUAUAUAUCAUAUUAAAAAGAAAUAUUAGUGGGAAAUAUAAAUAGUUUGGGAUCAAACCGAUGCUGUUUUGAUACUAAUUGGUGUUGUAUAAACACCUAUCUGGUCAUUCUGGUGUAAGACUAAUACAAAAACUGGUGUUGUUUAACACAUCUCUGGUGUAGACAUAUAUAUAUUCCGGGCUGGUGUUAAAUCAACACCAGAGUUUUUGCAGUGUGUGCAUAUUAUAGAGUGCCUCAAAUGAUAGAGGAGAACCUAAGCUUUUACGAAGAUGUGUCAUUUAUGAAUUAUUGUUCAAGUAAAGUUAUGAUAAAUCGUUAAUAAUUCUCCAUUUUGUUCCCCACUAGGAUGCACCGCAUACACUGGCAAUAAGAGUUUUUAUAAACUAAACAAUCUAGAUUAGAUGUUUAAUGUAGACCUUUCUUGUGUUUUAAUGCAUUAGUUUUUCCCACCUGACUGUACCAUCUAUUGCGUUCACAAAUUUUCUGGAAUAUGAGCAGUGUUAAUUCUCUGAUAUAUUUCGAUCAGUCAAUCAUUUCUGGAGAUCUUAAAUUUGUCAUGUGUCGUGUUAUAUAGUUUCGUAGGUAGUUGUAGUUGUCAUUAACGAUGGUUGCCAGGCAAACUGUUACAUCCCACUCGCUUUUAUUGGAGACAUGACGGUUUUAAUGUCUUUAUCCAAAGCUGUACUUAAUGAAAUAUUCUUUGCUUCAUUUUAGUCUAGAAUUAUUGAAAAUUGAUUACUUUUCAUGUGAUGAUUUGAGCUGCGAAAUGUUUUGCUUGAAGAAUAAAUGUAUAUUUGAUGUGUAAUGGUUUGCUAGGUAACCAAUCAGUGGAAUAAUGAGAUUUAGGUAUUUUUAACUAGCAGGAGUCUCUUAUGGGAUCCUUGUGACUUUGAUGAAAUUUAAAUCAGAUAUGAAUAUGGUUCCAGGGCUUUGCUUUGUAAAUAUUUUUAAACUCUUUAUCAAGUUGUGAAAUGCCAAAAUUGAAUGAAGCAGAAAUUUUUUAUUCAUUUAUGAUAAGAUCGUGGCUCAAUGCAGAGGAUGACGUAUAGCAAUGACAUGCAAAUAUUAUUUCCAGCUAGUUUAAGAUGUGUAAAUAAUAAUUAAUAUCAAUCUUUGUGUUAAACACUUCUUUAGAUGGAAUGUUCAAGAGUCUAGAAAAUAGUUUUAAUUUUGUAUUUUGCCCUACCCCCCCCCAAAAAAAAGAUAUGCACCAUGUCAAAUUUGCAUAAUGAAUGGUGAGUGUUGUAAAUAGUUGUUUGUUUACCAUCCUUGAAACAUCAUUAAUUGAAGAGGUUUAGUUUGAUUUAAUGACAUGCAUCUUGAUGUAGUGCAUUCAAUGUGUUGUAGUAUCUUCAAGUGAUAAUGCCUUCUCAGUCUGCUGACCUAGUAGUGAAACCCUUUUUUUCUAAGCCACAUUUCACUGGGGAAUCCGAAUCCAGAUAGACAAAUGUGAAGUAUCAUGCCUUUACCAGUGACAUCCCAUCAGUUAGUUUAGGGUUGGUUUCAUUGACGUGAGUAUAUGCAUUUCUCAAAACCUUAGAAUGUGAACCAACU